AUGGGCCAGAUGGCAGGCGACCUUGGCUGGCGGUUUAGCCUAUUGCUACUCUCCUUGCUCCUGGCUCGAGCUGGUAUCUGGGGGUUCCCAAGGCCCCCAGGGAGGGCCCCCCUGAGGCAAGAGCUGCGGAGGGAGUUCAAGGUCAGCCUGCAUCUCGCCAGGAAGCUGCUCUCCGAGGUUCGAGCUCAGGCCCACCACUUUGCUGAAUCUCAUCUGCCAGGAGUGAACCUGGACCUUCUGCCCUUGGGAGCGCAGCUCCCCAAUGUUUCCCUGACCUUCCAGGCCUGGCGUGGCCUCUCUGACCCAGAACGACUCUGCUUCCUCUCCACGACCCUCCGCCCCUUCCACGCCCUGUUGGGCAGGCUGGGGAGCCAAGGGGACUGGCCCAGCUCAGAGAGGACACAACUGUGGGCCAUAGGGCUGGAUCUCCGAGAUUUGCAGAGGCAUCUCCGCUUCCAGGUGCUGGCUGCAGGACUCAACCUUCCUGAGGAGGAGGAGAACGAGGAGAGGAAGGAGCGGCUCCCAGGGCCCCCAGGAGGCCCCUCGCCGCCCAUGGCCGCCCAGCUGGCCUGGCCCCAGCUCCUGUACACCUACCAGGCGCUGCACGCCUUGGAACUUGUCUUGUCUCGGGCUGUGCGGGACUUGCUGCUGCUCUCCCAGGCUGGAAACGCAGCCCAGACCUUGGGGUACCCACGCCUGGCUCCCAGACCUUGUGGAGUUCCACCAUAGCCCCUUCUUGUCACCCUUC